CCCUCUUGGUCCCCGUAACCUGAAUUUUCUGUAGGUUACUGCAAGAUAUCAACAAUCUUGAAGCCUCUAAAGGUUCAAUUCGGUGUAAUCUUGAAGGUUCAACGAACUUAGUCAAAGAAUGGCUGAAACCCUAAGCCCUACUCCUACAGCCGGUCAGAAACAGAGAGCGCCGGUCCUGUCUCCGGAACGACCUUUAUUUUUGGGCUCCAACGAUGAUCAACUCGAGCGUGCUCAAGCACGUGCGGCCCGUGCUGCAGCCAUCCGUCGGAAGCCGGUUGCUCUUCAUCAAGCAAGCGAUGUUAGUCCUGCAGAGCCUUGUCUCGGACAGGAGCAGAUUAUGGAAUUGUUCCAGAAUUGCAUCAAACUGGCCAGUGAAAAUAAAAUUAAUCAGAAGAACACUUGGGAGUUGAAUCUCAUAGAUCACCUUUGCGAUAUUAUUAAGGUCGAAGAAGAGAAUGACGUCGAGACCAAUUUUCAGAAGGCAAGCUGCACUCUUGAAGCGGGAGUUAGAAUAUACUCGAUGAGGGUGGAUUCUGUCCAUUCUGAGGCAUAUAAGGUUCUUGGAGGAAUUAGUCGAGUUGCACAGGAACCUGAGCAAGACAGUGUAGAGGAUGGCAACAUGGACAUGCAAGGAGAAGGCGAUUCAAAGAAGCAGAAGGAGCUAAAGUUAUCUCCUUUAUCAACACUGGAAUCAUCCUUUGAGGCUCUUAAUGUGAAGAAGUUUGAUGUUGCAUUUGCUGUGGAUCCUCUCUAUCAUCAGACAACUGCCCAGUUCGAUGAAGGUGGAUCAAAAGGUCUCUUGCUAAAUAACCUUGGAGUAUACGGUGGAUGCGUAAUGAUUUUUGAUUCACUUGAAGUACCUGGGAAGUGCAUGUCAUGCUCAAGUGGGCAUGAUAAAGUAGAUACAAUUGAUAUUGCCUAUGCCAGAGAUCAUAUAGAACAAAUGGUAUCAAACAUCUCAAAGAAACUUGAAAUCUCACCAAGUCUCAAGGAUAUAGUUAAUCUGUUUGAUGAAGAUAAUAGAAGACCAGCAGAUACCUUUUCUUCUUCCCAAAAGUCCGUUGAACCUGAUCAUGAAGCUUAUGGCGAUGACUUCGAUGGUGGUGGACAUGACUGUUCAGGAACCUGGGACUUCAUUAACGACAACCAGACAAGCCUCAAUGGUGAGGACACAUAUGAGGGAGAUGAGGAACCGGUUCAUCAUCAGGAAAACGAACUGUAUGUUUCUCAUGAUGGUGAUGUAGAUGACAGAUUUGCGACAGUUGACAGCUUCCUGUUUCUAAGUAUUGGUUUAACUGGAAAACAAAAUGCAUGGGCAGGCCCUGAUCAUUGGAAGUAUCGAAAGACUAAAGGUCCAGAAGAUCCUGCCAAGGAAAAUGGAUCACCAUUAAUACCGAAAAAACAAAGGAAUAAGAAACAAGCUGAAUUUGAUAUAGAAUUUACGAAAGCGUUGGAUUUGGUCAGUGAUGUGGAUAAUAUCUUUGCUCUUCCUAAAUACCCCAAGUCACUAUUGUUGCCAGCAAAUAGAGAACCUUGUAACACAACACUUCCAGAAGAUUGCCAUUAUCAACCAGAAAAUCUUGUCAAGCUAUUUCUUCUUCCUAAUGUUAUGUGCCUUGGGAAGAGAGGAAGGAGGUAUUCAGAUGAAUCUGGUCAAGAAGGAGAAGAGAAUAAUGGGACGUAUCCGUGUUGGGAUGAUGAUUGUGGCCAAUUUGACGAUGGAAAUGCUUAUGAUGAUGUUGAGGACUCCAUCACACUUGUCUCUCAGCCCCGUCAGGUAAAUAAGAUUGAAGUUGAGUAUGACAAAACAUCUAAACAAGUUGAUGUUCAGGCUCUCAAAGAGACUCUUUGGUCAUCUAUGCAAGAAACACAUGGAUCAACUCAAGAGACAAAGACAUUGUCUUUUAAACACAUAUUGGCAUCUUUUCCAGCUGAUAACAAGAAAACGAGAGCUGCGUCUAUCGACAUCAUCUCCCCACAUUUGUGUUUCAUUUGUGUGUUGCAUUUGGCUAAUGAGCAUGGAUUGAGCAUCCAUGGCUGUACCAACUUGGAUGACCUCUCCAUACACCUUCCAUUUUGAAUAGGGAUUUUGUUUAAAACCAUUUGAAUAGAUUUGAGCAUUUGGGAUUGAUAGUUUUCACCGCUUAUCGAGAGCUGACCCUUGACAUUUGAUGACAGAUUUAAAAAGCCACCGAUAGAUGAUCUUCAUCUUGUAGAUAUCAGUACCUUUGUAACGUUUAUCGGUUA